UGGACUUUUUUAGGUAGAAAGGGGGCUCUGCAUUGUGAUAAACGUGGGCUUCACUCUGUUGUUUUGCAAGAGACGGUAUUUAGGAGGCUAAAACUGAAAGAACUGUGGUCUUACCACGUCUAAACCCUUCCAGACCAGACUCCAGAAUGAACUUCUUGCUCGAGACUCUGCAGCUAAUAGUCUUGACUGUGUAUUACAGUCUUGAGGCUAUCGCUUCCUUCUUUAUACCCGCAAAAAAGAAAGACGUGACUGGUGAAAUUGUCCUCAUCACUGGGGCAGGCAGUGGAAUUGGGAGACUAAUGGCCUUGGAGUUCGCCAGGAUGGACGUCGUCCUUGUUUUGUGGGAUAUCAACCAAGAAGGGGUGAAGGAAACUGCCCGUGUGUGCAAAGAGGAAGGAGCCAAACGCGUUCAUUACUACCUUUGUGACUGCAGCGACAAAAGUGAGGUGUACACAGUUGCAAAUCAGGUGAAACGAGAGGUUGGAGAUGUCAGCAUUCUCAUCAAUAAUGCUGGAAUUGUAAUUGGAAAGAAAUUUAUGGAUGCCCCAGAUGACCUUAUCGAGAAGACCAUUGAGAUAAACACCAUGGCACACUUUUGGACUUACAAAGCAUUUCUUCCAGCAAUGGUGGACAACAACCAUGGACAUUUGAUAAGCGUAUCCAGUUCUGCCGGGUUGAUAGGUGUAAAUGGGCUUGCCGAUUACUGUGCGAGCAAAUUUGCUGCUGUUGGCUUUGCAGAGUCUGUUGCUCUGGAAUUAUUCGCCACAGGCAAAGAAGGGGUGAAGACUACAAUCGUGUGCCCUUACCUCAUAAAGACAGGCAUGUUUGAUGGGUGCGGUACCAAGUGGCCCACCUUCCUUCCAAUUCUGGAUCCAGAGUAUGUGGCCAAGAAAGUUGUGGAUGCCAUUUUAACAAAUCAAACUUGGCUCUUGAUGCCAAAGACUAUGUUUCUUAUGAUGGCAUUAAAAAGCCUUUUACCUCCCAAGCAAAGUGUCAUCUUGGGAAAGUACUUUGGUGCAUUUAAUUUCAUGGACACAUUCCAAGGACGCCAGAAGAAACAGGAGUGAAGCCUUGGGAAUUAGAUGUUAAAGUUGUCAUUUGUUGUGCACAAACAGUCCAGACACAUAUGAAGUCUUUUAUACCCCCUCUGAGUAGCCUAAUACAUCUUAAAAUAAUAUGGACAUUGUGACCUUUAUACCAUCCUCUCUAUUGACUUUGACUCUUAGUGUAAUUAAACCCUCUCUUUCAAUCUUUAACUAGUGUGAGUGAAACUUUAAUAAAUAAAUAAAAACAAUUUUCUAUGUAGUA